UGCUCUCACUUCCUCAUGAGAGAAGACGCAGAGGCUGUCCCAGAGAGAGCGGGGCUGUUGUGCACACACAUCUCAGGCAGCCAUGGGGAACUGGGUGGAGAAUGAAGGACUGUCCAUCUUUGUCGUUCUUGUUUGGCUGGGUUUAAAUGUCUUCCUCUUUUGGUGGUACUAUCUUGUGUAUGAUGUCCCACCAAAAUUCUUCUACACCAGAGUGCUUCUUGGCCGUGCUCUGGCUCUUGCAAGAGCCCCUGCAGCCUGCCUGAAUUUCAAUUGCAUGCUGAUUCUGCUGCCAGUAUGUCGAAACCUGCUCUCCUUCCUCAGAGGAUCAAGUGCGUGCUGCUCUACCCGUAUCAGACGACAGCUGGACAGAAACCUCACCUUUCACAAAAUGGUGGCCUGGAUGAUCGCCCUUCACACUGCAAUUCACACCAUUGCACACUUAUUCAACGUUGAGUGGAGUGUGCAAGCCCGUGUUGAAGAGAAAGGCACUCUGGCAGCUGUGCUUUCUGGCCUUGGAGACAAACCAAAUGAAAGCUAUAUCAACUUUUUCAGACAAACCAUUGCGAAUCCCAUUGGGGGCCUCUAUGUGGCCUUCACAUACUUGGCUGGCAUCACUGGAGUUGUCAUCACACUGGCCCUCAUCCUCAUCAUCACCUCAUCCACCAAAACCAUCCGGAGAUCAUACUUUGAACUAUUUUGGUACACCCACCAUCUCUUUGUCAUCUUCUUUAUUGGCCUUGUCAUCCAUGGUGCUGGUCGUAUUGUACGGGGACAGACAGCUGAAAGUCUGGCUGAACAUAACCCAGAGAUUUGCUACAAGAACUUCAGUCACUGGGGCAAGAGCAAGGCUUGCCCAAUCCCCCAGUUUUCAGGGAAUCCUCCUAUGACAUGGAAGUGGGUGGUAGGUCCCAUGUUUCUGUACCUGUGUGAGCGGCUGGUGCGGUUUUGGAGGUCACAGCAGAAGGUUGUUAUCACAAAGGUGGUCAUUCAUCCCUUCAAGACAAUUGAGCUCCAGAUGAUGAAAAAAGGCUUCAAGAUGGAGGUUGGACAAUACAUUUUUGUCAAAUGUCCAGCAGUGUCUAAACUGGAAUGGCAUCCAUUUACACUGACUUCUGCUCCAGAGGAGGAUUACUUCAGCAUUCACGUCCGUAUCGUAGGAGACUGGACAGAGGGCUUGUUCAAUGCCUGUGGGUGUGAUAAACAAGAAUUCCAGGAGGCAUGGAAGUUGCCCAAGAUAGCUGUGGAUGGCCCCUUUGGAACAGCCAGUGAGGAUGUGUUCAGUUAUGAAACUGUGAUGCUGGUUGGAGCUGGAAUAGGGGUCACCCCCUUUGCAUCUGUCCUCAAGUCUGUCUGGUACAAAUACUGUCAUGAUGCCACCAACCUAAAGCUCAAGAAGAUUUAUUUUUACUGGCUUUGCAGGGACACUCAUGCCUUUGAAUGGUUUGCUGACCUCUUGCAAUCUCUGGAGGCUCAAAUGCAGGAGAGGAAUAACGCAGAGUUUCUGAGUUAUAACAUCUACCUUACAGGCUGGGAUGAAACUCAGGCCACUCACUUUGUAGUGCACCAUGAAGAAGAGAAAGAUGUGAUUACAGGACUGAAACAGAAAACCUUGUAUGGAAGACCUAACUGGGAAAAUGAAUUCAAAACAAUUGCGGGGAAGCAUCCUGGCUCCAGAAUAGGUGUUUUUCUCUGUGGCCCCGAGGGCUUGGCUGACACACUCAACAAGCAGAGCAUCAGCAACUCAGAAGCUGAUCCACGAGGAGUACACUUCAUUUUUAACAAAGAAAAUUUCUAACUCCCAAGCAUGUGGGAGUCAUUAAAUGCAGUCUAAAGACCAAGUCUGUUUCUCUGUUUGGAGUGUGGGAAAGACAGCCCAGCUUCUAAAUUUCAGCUACACUAACGCAGUUCCCUUUGCUUCUUGGGAAUUAUUUGGGCUCUGUGGUAGAGUAAAAGAGUUAAGUUUUACUUAGGGAAGUUUUCACUGCCCUCCAUGUGCUGGUUAUUUAGUAGAAAUCUGUUUUCUUUGUCUGUGUGAGGGGAUUUCCCCCUCAAUUAACUGCCUUUAUCCUCCUGUUAUUUGCCAUCACUGCUGAAGAGUGGAGGCUGCCAUUUGCUUUUGGGAGCCAAUUCACACUCAUAAAGCUUAGUGCUAUUAAACAAUAAAGCAUUCUAGCAUAAUGCUUUUAUUAGGAGGCAGCUUAUCCUGACUGCAGCCAGUCCCUGGAACAAGGGGAGCUGGAAAAGGGUGACUGGGAAAGUUAGUUCCAUAGGAGAGGAAAACUCCUUUGCUCACCAACACCUUCCAGGCUUCCAACAGAAGCCUUAAACAUCCUCUCCAAGAGAGAUCACAUGCAGCUGAAAAGAAGCUGCUUCUUCUCAGGAAAGUGAAGAAGUGAAAAGGAACCACCCGGGCUUCUGAGAGCCGCCCCAGCUGCCAAGGGAUGCCAAGGACGGGUCCAAUCCAAGUCCCGCACCUGACGCGUGAGUCACUGCUCGGCUGCUUUGAGCACCUCCGCUUUCACAUCUUCAGCCUCACAGCACAGGGAUCCACGCCAGAAGAGGUUUUGUGUUUUCAAGACUGCCAUUUCUGGUUCUGAAGGCUGACAAAAGUGGUUGCUGAAUGAUUUAAUGGGUACUUUCUGAAGCAGUCUUAGAUGCAAACAGUGCCUUUGGCCCUAUUGCUCGGCUGUUCCUCUGUGAUGGUGAAACAGGCUUUGAGAAAGCAAUGGUCACUUUAUUCACAGUUAUGGAAUAGCUGUGGGUAAAGUUUCUGAUGUGCACAAGACUCCCACACACAGCACAGUGCCUCUGUGUGGACACUACAGGUAGCAGGCUCCUAAAAAACAAAAAACUUUUAAUGCUGGCAAGAGAGGAAAAAAAAAAUAAAGCCAACACCAUAGGAAAAAUAAUUUAAAAAACAAGUGUAAAAACCCUUGAAAAGCCACAGUUUGGUAUACCACAUCUUUUGUUCAUCCUGGUUGCCUGCUUAGUGACUUUUAAACUCCACAGCUGUCUCCUGCAUAGCACAAGACCUUCCUGGCAGGUUCUUGCAACCACAGAAGAAAGCUGUGAUCUCCUUCUGCAAUUUCAGACAACUUUGUGCAGCCAUCUGGUUGCAUGUAGCAUAUUUUACACUUUAUCUUGCCAGACAGGAUAUGUGUUCUCCCUUUACAGCAUUUUAAAAUGUUAUCCAGGCUCUGAAUGCUAUUUUAGAAAGACAGCCUACCAGCUCCUAUUUAUUAAUAUCAGUUAUCAAGGAGUGUUGGCAAAGAUCAACUCUUGGUGAGGAAUUUUACAGUUCUUUCCCUCAGAAGGGCCAUAUUCAAAUCCACAUAAUUCUGUGUGAAACACACCAAUUAAAUCAUAACAGAACAUAAGUAAUACUAAAGGAACUUCUUUUGUGGAGAAAAUAUUGCUACUGUAAUACAAUGAGGGUCUCAUCCUGUGCAAAGAGCACUGAAAUAUUUGCCCUUGAUUUUAAUGGAAAUGUGAUCAGGCUUUUAUAAAGUGGGUAAAGAGGAAUUGCAAGGGGUGGAGAUAUGGAGACAGCAUAUUUUUCAUCAGAAGAGUCAUGGUGGGGUGUAUUCUAAUUCACCAUUAAUAUUCUAUACAUUGCCAUGUUUUUCUUAAAACAUCAUGGAUCUUUCUUUAUUCAGUCAGUUGCAGUGGCAUUCUCUGACCAGCUGCACACUUGUAUCAGGACUUAUUUGUCACCUUGAACUCAGAAAUAGUAAUUCUGUGUUUAUUAAUAAAUCAUUGUCUUCCUAAAACAUAUGAAAGAAUAAGUGAGAGUUUCUCAGUUUAUUUCAGAAUAUAUCCUGAUAAAAUAACAAACCAUGCUCAAUCAGCCAUGGUCUGAAUAUGAAUAUUUUCUUAAAUCUAGGAUACAUGAAUUAAAUACAAAUAUAAGAAACAAACUAGUUUGAGUCCUAAGGGCAGUGAGCUACAGGUGAGCUUCAAGGACACUCCUUUUUUGUAACCAAAUACCACUGCUUGCAAUCUGACUAUUGCUAUGGGCUGGGGCUCUGGCUGAAAAAUUCCUCCUUCUGUGUAUUACAAAGUGUACUAAAGUCUGAUCUCUGCUUCAGUGCCAAAAAAUUCCCUACUCAAAUAACAAAUGUUCUACUGAGGGCAAGAAAAGACAGUACUGUUUCAGCUAAUGGAAGCAAUUAGGAGUUCAGUUCAAAGUUCACUUAUGGCCUCAGCAUAGGAUGUUUUCCUUCCCUUCUUAUUUAAUAUUUUCUCUGUCUUCCCAUAUGUAGUCAUCUGAAGUAAGCAAUUAGUUAAUUCAUCAAUAUCCUCACUCUCCAGUCCACUGUAGUCAGCCUUACACUUAAAGACUGUGACCCUCUGGGGUGCUGGGCAGCCCUGGCCCCCACUGGCCAAACCUUUUCUUUGGGAACUGGAAGGGGGCUUUGGGGAGGACAUGGAACUGGGCCAUACUCAGAAGCUGUAUUCAAGCAAGAAUUCAAUAUGACUGGGUCUCAUCUAGCCCCACUUCCCUCUCUGCUCUCUACUGGCCAAAUGUAAAUGUGGGAAAAUUAAAUUCAAGUUUUCCUAAAUUUCAGGCUACAAAAAAAGUGCUACUGUGUCUGUUCACCAUCAUGGUGGGAAACCACCCCAGUUGCAAAAUAGGGUUCUUCCUCUUCAAAGUCUUGUAAGACUUUCCCUGCUGGGUGGGGAUUUUCUGCAUUUCAGUUCUCAGAUGGUGGGUUAAACUAAAUUAGAAAUUAAAAAAAAACCAACAAAAACUAACAAAAAGCUGCCUGUGAAACGUAAGAUAUUUUUGAACAAAAAAACAAUGUUUGGGUCUCAUUAUGGCACUUUCUCUGAGGAAUUCUGCUCCAUUCUGGAGUGCUCUUAGCAAUUAAGGUUGACUGCUUAUAUUCUUUCAUGUUUCAAUGAGUCCCUGGUAGAAUUCAGAGCAAAGUGUCUGAACAUAUAAUUAUAUAUGCUCAAAGGAAUUUAGGAGCAUGUAUUAAGAUGCUACAGUUGUAAAGGUUGGCAGGGCCAAGAUCCUCAUGCCUGACUGUGUAAAACAGCAUCAGUUGCACAGACACAAGCCAGAGCAGUUACUUGUCAUGAACCAGACAUUCAGUUUUGCACUUGGUACAAACAUUAACAACCUACUGCUCUCAUUUACAUUCACCACACAAAAACCAGCCCAGGCUAACAGUAAAAUUAAUCACAGUGGAGUGGAAAAUUUUUGAAAGACUUGCUGAAAGAUUACAAAUGAUUUCCAGUCCCAUUCUGCACCUCUGCUGGCCCCAAUCCCUCCCCUUCUUCUGGUGCUCUUCUGCUUGGCAGACUGGUGACUUUCUGCCCAGAGAGCUACCACUGAUUUCUCUCUACUUUCAUCUACUGCUACUGAUUGCCCCAGCUUCACUUGCCCAUUCACUUCCUUCCUUCUCCCAAUCUCUGCAAAUUUCCUCUAAAUCUCCAACUCCUAUGGUGUUUUUACCAAUGUUUUCAGGGCUUGUGCCCAAUGCAAGUUCAGGGAGAGGGACGAGGACUUCACCCUGAGCUCCAGCCACUGGAGUGCACAUCUCACAAAACAUGGCUCUGCUGCCACCUCCCCUGUCACUACAAACAGACCAGGCUAGAAGCCACCUCUGGAUUGACAAACCAGACUGUUUUGGACCUCUAUAAUAUUUUCUUCAUCUUCUUAAUGGUCUUAAUGUUAAAUUCUAAAUGAAAUAAAUUUAUGAGCUGCUCUGUUCUAGAUUUUUGGCAUGUAUGAAUCAGUUUUUAUACAUUUAUCAUGUAAAAAAAACCCUGCAUUUGACCUAUAUUUCAUUUUGAUUGUUCAGAAAUGAGAGACAUGGCCAAAAAGAACCUCACUGCCCCCAAAAUACAGAGCUGCAUUGCAAAUCAUCAUCAUCAUAGAUGGAGGAAGGAAAGCCCAGUGAAGGGAACAUCAGAUCAUCUGUGUUGCUUGGAAGUGAUGUUUUCUUAUUCUGGAAUCAAUCUACAGAAAAGUGUCCUGAAAAUAACUGUUUACUUGAAUUUAUUUUAUACUUGUAAAUCAACUGGGUUUAAGACCAGAAAAUAUGCAAAUACCAUUCACCCUAAGAUUUUUGACCUUUGGAAAGAAUGAAUUGCAGAAACAUGUUUGGCCAAGUAAUUUCUGAAGUGUGGAUGCUUCCUAUGUUGCUUUUGCCUUUAAACUCACACCCAUGAGUUAGACUGGGCCACACAAAGGUCUGGGAUCUGCACUGUGGCUCUGUAAGAUUCUCUUUGAAUGAUUGAGAGCACUGAGAAAAUUCAGGUGGAGUUUUCCUGGCUGCAGAAAUGGCAUAAGGAAGAGCUGGAACAAGGCAAUUGAUGUAAUUUCCUUGCAGUUAGGCCAAAAUGUAGCUGUCAGUACCAGUGUAAAUAGCAGGGCAUUUUAGCACAGAAAAUGUCCAAUUUUGUAUCACAGACUCUUUGCCUCUAUAGACCAAAGAGUUUCCUACUCUGCAAUGCCAUGGAGCCAGGGCACAAGGGAAUAUCCCUGCAGGACAACCCAAGGCUGCACUAGUUUCCAUGAACAGUUAAUGAAGGUAAUUGCUGCUGAGGUUUUAUCACCCUCUCUGCUUUUUUCUCAUGCUUCCCUUUCAUCUGAGGCAACCAGUGCUAGCUCAAGCCUCUUUUCAGGUGGUGAAUUCACUCAAGCCCUCUGAAACCUUACCCUUGCUCAGACAGCAGAAGGGAAAUAAUCAACAAAGACUGAAAACCAAUUGUGAGAAACAGUUUCUAAAGCAAAUUCCCCCGAGGAGACAGAAAAAGAACCCUGUAGAUUGUGAGCAGCCAUCUUCUGACUCAAAAUUAUGAAUGUUCCUCUCAACAACUGUUAGCAAUUCAUGCAAUACUCUCACUGUAAUAGGGCUGCAAAUGUUUAAGUUAAUAUGUGGAUCACUGUCCUUCACUCUUGUCCAUCUCACAUGCACAACUUUGAUAGCAAAGACCUACAAACCAAAGGAAAUUAUGACAAAAACAGUGUGUAAAGGACAGCAACACGAGUUGGAGUGAAAUUCUGCUUGCAGAGGACUUACUGAUGCUCAGUGUCCCAGUAUUAGCUCGUAUUCACUUUACAGGAAACCUCUGAGGGUUAUAGUCUCUGGCAGCUGUUGCUGCACCUGGGAGGGAGCCAUUUCCAUGCCAUUUCACCCCUCUGAGGCAGGCAGCUGAGUCUGUGUUGCAGAGCCAGGGAAUCUUGCAUCAGUUAGUGGUUGUUGUUAGUUUAAUGGAUGUCCCAUUGCCUGUAUUUGCAUUAAUCUGUCAGAUGAUCAGCUGGUACCACUGUAAAAGCCAUCACAUUGAAUCAACUGACUGCAGGGUUGUUGUGCAGCCUCACACCACUGCCUGGGGCAUUCCAGCAGCUUUUCCCCAAGCAAACACUCUGAAACCCCCAAGCUUUCCACCUGGGUAACCACAGUGAUGUGAGUGUUGGCCUGAGCAUUGCAGUACAGAACUUAUACAUCAAUGUGUAUUUACAGCAUUUCCCACUGUUCUUUGUUUGUAGCCUGCAAAAAGACAAUAUCCUAUUAAAGCCC